GCAAUUUUGCAUUGCAUCUACUUGGGUUGGAGUGGAUAAAUACAAAGAUUCAAUAUUUGAGUUUCUCUGACUAAAAGGUGCAUUUUUUUUCUCUUUCGCUUUGGAUGCACGGAAAAUGAAUCGCUAUUUGCCUUUGAAUUUUCUUUGGGAGAUGCUCUUGUUAUGAUUUUGAAUUGUGCUCAAAAGGGUUGUGUUUCGUUUUGGUGUUUGCUUUCUGGGAUCAGCUCAGUUCGUUUUUGUUUGUUUUUUCAAAUUCAUAUUCUUUUUAUUUGGUGAACUUUUUGGCUUCGAGGAAGGUAUUAUUGACAAUUCGUGUUUCACUGUUUCUAACUUUUAGGGCUCCAUGUUUGUUUUCUUGGAUUUUAUUUUCUGUAUAAUUCUUAGGGAAACCGUAGAGGAGCAUCACUAUAAGAAAAAUUAAUGUGACUAUAUAAGGUUUGAUGUAGGAUAGGUGGAUUUCCAAUUCAAAUGUGUUUUUUAUGAGAACUGAGUUUUUUAUGGAUAUGUAAUUGAUUUUUAUUCUACUUUUUUCACCUCCCUAUUUGAAACAGGAAAAAGUCAGAUUCACCGGAUAAACUCAAUUUUAUAAUUUUACUGUAGUAUUGUAAUUAAUCAAAUAUUUCAUUCAUAAACACUUAUAUAUUUCAGUUUCAUUGCUUUUCCUUCUCUGAAAUAAGUAUCUUACUCUCAUAAGCAUUUAUAUUUUCUUGUUGAAUAUUUCUUUUCUUUAUAUUUUGGUUUUUAGCUGAGCUUUUGUUUAUUCUUGACCUUUUAGUCACUGUUCCUUUGUAGAUGAUUACAAAUUUAAUUAUGUUAUUAUAUGUAUGGAGGUUUGAACUUUGAACAUCUUGCAAUUAUCCUCCUUAUAAUGGCUUCGCUGUUUCAUUAUUCUUGUCUAAUGUAUAAGCAGUAUAGCUAUGCAUGUCACUGUCCAUUGCUACCAGUUUUUAAGACUUUAUUAUGGAUAACAGCAACAAACUCUUGGUAAACUGAUGAUGUAAAUUUUGAAAAUUGAAAAAGAUUGUUGGAAGUAAAAUACAAAUUUUCAUCAAGUUUAAUCUGGUUUGAUGAGUAGUGUUAUUUGAGUACAGAAUUGAAGGAUGGGUCAAGCAUUUGGUUGCUAUCAAGUAGAUCAGUCAAAUGUGGCUAUUAAGGAGCAUUUUGGAAAAUUUGAUGAUGUUCUAGAACCUGGAUGUCAUUGCUUACCUUGGUGUCUUGGGUACCAGAUUGCUGGUAGCUUAUCACUACGUGUGCAGCAACUUGAUGUUCGAUGUGAGACAAAAACCAAGGAUAAUGUCUUCGUCACUGUGGUUGCGUCUGUGCAAUACCGUGCUGUAUCUGAGAAAGCAUCUGAUGCAUUCUAUAGGCUCACCAACACAAGGGAGCAGAUCCAAUCAUAUGUUUUUGAUGUUAUCAGAGCCAGUGUACCAAAGCUGGAGUUGGAUUCUGUCUUUGAGCAAAAGAAUGAUAUAGCAAAGGCUGUCGAAGAGGAGCUUGAGAAGGCCAUGUCAACUUAUGGAUUUGAGAUAGUCCAGACCCUCAUUGUUGAUAUAGAGCCUGAUGUUAAUGUCAAGAGAGCAAUGAAUGAGAUCAAUGCAGCUGCUAGGUUGAGGUUGGCUGCAAACGAGAAGGCUGAAGCAGAAAAAAUACUGCAGAUCAAGAAAGCUGAGGGAGAAGCCGAGUCCAAAUAUCUGUCAGGACUUGGUAUUGCUCGUCAACGUCAGGCCAUUGUGGAUGGGCUGAGGGACAGUGUGCUUGCAUUCUCUGAGAAUGUUCCUGGGACAACUGCAAAGGAUGUCAUGGACAUGGUGCUUGUGACUCAAUAUUUUGACACUAUGAAAGAAAUUGGUGCAUCUUCAAAGUCCUCAUCUGUGUUCAUACCACAUGGCCCUGGUGCAGUUAAGGACAUUGCUGUGCAGAUCCGGGACGGUUUACUUCAGGCCAAUGCUUCACAGAUAUAAGUUACGGUUUCCUGAAUUGUAAAUAACAAAUAGUAUGCAUAUCAGGCUUUGUCAGGAAAUGCUGCUUUUGUUUGAGCACUUGUGUCUAGUUUUAUUAUUUUAUAUCCUAAGUGCUAAUGUGCAAUUUUGCAUGUUUGCUUGAGGAUAGACUUUUAGUCAAGUUGCUUGUGCCAGUCAAAUUC